AUGACGCCCAUCGUGUCAGAAACCCAACCAACGGUCUUCAUCAGAGGGAGGCUUUUUGAUGUGUCACGCCUGGUGCUGAAAACGUGCCUGUCCGACUGCGAUUUCCAGUCACAAGACUACACUACCCAGAAUGCAGUGACUCACAUUCACAAGACGCCGUCAGGAAAUAACCAGAAACCACAAGAACUCAGGAUUGUGUUGUUGGGGAAGGUUGGAGUGGGGAAGAGUGCUUCAGGAAACACCAUCCUGCGGAAAAAGGUUUUCAAAGAGUUACUUUCCUCUAAGUCAGUUACCAGCGUCUGUCAGAAACAAUCAGCUGAAGUCAGACAGAGACGGGUCACUGUGAUCGACACUCCAGGACUGUUUGAUACGAGUAUUUCUAAUAAAGAAAUCAUAAAGGAAAUCGCUAAGUGUAUCACCAUGCCUGCACCAGGUCCACACGUCUUUCUGCUGGUGCUGACAGUGGGACACUUCACACAAGAGGAGAAAGAAGCAGUGAAGAUGAUCCAAGAUCGGUUUGGUGAAGAAUCCAGAAGAUACACCAUGGUGCUCUUCACCAGAGGAGAUGAUCUGGGGAAAUGGAGCAUUGAAGAUUUUAUUAAAGCUUCUGAUCAGAGCUUACAAAACAUCAUUUACCAGUGUGGAAACAGAUACCACGUGUUCAACAACAGAAAUCCUGAAGACCAAACCCAGGUCACUGAUCUACUGGAGAAGAUCGACUUCAUGGUGAAAGUGAAUGGAGGGAGCUGCUACACUAAUGAGAUGUUCCAGAACACAGAGAAAGCUCUACAAGAAGAACAGGAGAGAAUCCUGAAGGAGAAGAAGGAGGAGAUAGAGAGAGAGAAAGAAGAACUGAGAGCCAAACAUGAAGCUGAGCUGGAAAAACUGAAGAAGAUGAUGGAGGAGGAACGGAAAAAUCUAGAAAAGGAGAAAGAGUUUCAAAAGAGAGAAGACCAAAUAAAAGAGGAGACGAACAAAGAGCAAAAGAAACAGCUGGAUGAAAAACUCAAAGAACAGAGAGAGGCUUUAAAAAAGGAGAUGGAAACGAAAGAGCAGAAUCAUAAAGAACAGAUGAAUUAA